AUAUGGUAUAUCUCACAACUCAAAAGCUAGUUUCUCUCCUUGCAACGUUAAAUCCCUCUCUCUCUAUAUAUAUACAAAAUUAAUUACUGAAAAAUGGCCACAGACUCAAGCAUUGAAGCACCAAAGUAUGGAAGGCUCAUCACAAUCCUAAGUCUUGAUGGAGGAGGAAUUAGAGGAAUCAUUCCUGCUGUUCUUCUCGAAUACCUUGAAUCUCAACUUCAAGUACUGGAUGGUCCAGAGGCACGUCUUGCAGAUUACUUUGAUGUAAUAUCAGGUACUAGCACAGGGGGUCUUAUUACAGCAAUGUUAUCAGCCCCCAAUUCCCAAAAACGCCCUUUGUAUUCUGCUAAAGAAAUUGUACCAUUUUACCUCGAGCACUCUCCAAAAAUUUUCCCUCAAUCAAGGGGCAUAUUUGGUUCAAUUAUUGGUUCGGUGCAAGAUGCUACAGGACCAAAAUAUGAUGGAAAAUAUCUUCAUAGCUUGGUCCAGAAACUGUUGGGGACAACAAGGUUGCAUGAAACUUUGACUAACGUAGUCAUUCCUGCUUUCGAUAUCAAGAAGCUCCAACCUACUAUAUUUUCCUCUUAUCUGGCUCCAGCGAAUUCAGCUCUAGAUGCUCGUCUAGCAGACAUUGCGAUAUCCACGUCAGCAGCCCCAACAUACCUUCCUUCUCAUUAUUUUACUAACCAAGAUAAGGAGGGAAAGACUGAAGAAUUUCAUCUCAUUGAUGGUGGUGUGGCUGUUAAUAAUCCGUCUUUCGUUGCAAUAAGUGAAAUAACGAAACAAAUAGCGCAAAACAAUUUGAGUUUUGACCCAAAUACUAAGCCAUUGGAUUACACACGUUUUCUAGUGAUAUCAUUGGGAACAGGUUCGAACAAGACUGAACAAAAGUACAAUGCUAAACUUUCUGCCACGUGGGGGCCUUUGUCUUGGAUUUAUUACAAUGGAUCCACUCCUAUUAUCGAUGUUUUCUCUGAAGCAAGUGUUGAUAUGGUUAACUAUCACAACACUGUGUUUUUCAAUGCCUUAGGUUCUGAUGGUAAUCAUCUAAGAAUUGAUGAUGACACAUUGACAGGGGAUUUAUCAUCGGUUGAUAUAUCAACAAAAUCCAACUUAAAUAAUCUAGUGGAAGUGGGGAAGAAACUACUCAAAAAACCACUUUCUCGCAUUAAUAUGGCCACCGGUCUUUACGAACCAAUUCCAAACACCACCCAUACCAAUGAAGAUGAACUAAAAAGGUUUGCACAAAUACUUUCGGAGGAAAAGAGGCUCCGAAAAUCUAAUGCAAAAACCGCUUAGAGUUAUAUAUAGUGUACGGCUCAUGAUCAAGAGUAAUGGAUCGAUCAGACGGCUCACAUUAAUAAAGCUUGGUCAAUAUUAAUCUUUCGUAUUUAAAUAUUAAUAAAUACCAACUUAAUUGGGAAUAUUAAUGCAUCUUCUUGUAAUGUUAAAGCUGUUUUUCUACCCAUAUAUACGUACUAGUACUGCUGUUAAAUAUAUUUAUGGUUUGUUGAUGUCACUAUGUACUACUCCAUUGAACGUAAUAAAAUAAAUAAGUAUUGUUUUAUUUAUUUA